CUCAGCUCCUCCCUCUCAUUCCUCAAGACUCUUCUUCUCCUCCUCGUCCUCAUCCCUCUCUUUUACCUCUUCCUCUUCCUCUUCUUCUUCCUCCUUCACCUCCACCUCUUGUUCCUCUCUGUCAUAUUUUCCAGCCUUAACCUUGACCUUCCUUGAGAAAAACACGCCCACCGUACACCCUUCCACGCCCACCGCACGCCCACCCACGCCCUUGAGAGCAGACACCCUGGCUGUCCUCCGCUGUUCCUCAGGUCACGCUGGGUCAACAGUCGUCUACGUCAUGAAAGAGUGCAGAGGCGGGCUGGUGGACGCUCAGGGGAUCACCGGCAAUGCUGUGAUCAUCUGUCCCAACUCACAGCUGCUGCCACAACUACGGCCACCACAGCUUCAACCACAGCUUCUACAAUCCCAGCUCCAACCACAGCUUAUACAACCCCAGCUACAGGCUAAAGAAGCACAGCUGGGGGCUCAACAACCACAGCUACAACCUCACCUUCAACCAGAGCUAAAUCUUCAGCAACAGCUACAGCUACACCAGCAGCUACACCCACAGCUACAGACGCACCACCAACAGCUACACCCACAGCUACAAGCGCACCUGCAGCUACAACAAUCACAACCACAGUUUGGUCCUGAGCCACAGGUACAACCACAACUACCACAACCUCGGCUCCAUCCCCAGCAACCAGAACAACAAAUACAACCUCAACAACCACAGGAAAAGCCUCAACAACCAAAGCUAAAGACUCAAGAACCACAGCUAAAACCCCAACAACCAAAAUCAAAGCCUCAACAACCACAACCACAGCUUAAGCCUGAACAGCCACAGCUUAAGCCUGAGCAACCACAGCCACAGGUUAAGCGUGAACAACCACAACUUAAGCCUGAACAACCACAGCUUAAGCCUGAGCAACAACAGCUUAAGCCUGAGCGACCACAACCACAGGUAAAGCGUGAACAACCACAACUUAAGCCUGAACAACCACAGCUUAAGCCUGAACAACCACAGCUUAAGCCUGAGCAACCACAACCACAGGUUAAGCGUGAAAAACCACAACUUAAGCCUGAACAACCACAGCUUAAGCUUGAACAACCACAGCUUAAGCCUGAACAACCACAGCUUAAGCCUGAGCAACCACAACCACAGGUUAAGCGUGAAAAACCACAACUUAAGCCUGAACAACAACAGCUUAAGCCUGAACAACCACAGCUUAAGCCUGAACAACCACAGCUUAAGCCUGAACAACCACGGGUUAAAACUCAAAAAGCACAGCUGUCGACUCAACAGCCACAGCCAAAUACUCAACAACCACAGCUUAAGCCUGAACAACCAAAGCUAAAGCUUCAACAACCACAACUAUCGACUCAACAACCGCAGCUAAAACCUCAACAACCAAAUCCAGAGACUCAACAACCACAGCUUAAGCAUCAACAACCACAGCUAAAGCCACAACAAAAGCUAAAUCCUCAGCAAUCACAGCCAAAGCCUCAACAACCAAAGCUAAAGACUCAAGAACCGCAGCUACCACAACCAAAACCACUCCUGCAGUUACAACAGCGACAGUUUCAGACUCAGCCACAGCUACAACCACAGCUACUACAACAGGGGCCACAACAACGGAACCACAGCAACAGGUGGUCCUCCAAGACCUUCGAGGACGACCCUGUACACCUCCACACUCUCCCGCCUACUGCUGCAGAUGGUGACGAGGCAGAUGGUGACGAAGGGACAGGUGGUAGAGCAGCUGGUGACGAAGAGACAGGUGGUAGAGCAGCUGGUGACGAAGUAAUAGGAGUUGGCACAGCUGGUGACGAUGAAGAUGAUGGAGGGGCAGCUGGUGACGAAGAGACAGGUGGUGCAGCAGCUGGUGACGAAGAGACAGGUGGUGCAGCAGCUGGUGACGAAGAGACACGUGGUGCAGCAGCUGGUGACGAAGAAGCGGGUGGAGCAGCAGCUGGUGACGAUGGGACAGGUGGUGCAACAGCUGGUAACGAUGAAACAGGUGGUGGAACAGUUGGUAACGAAGAAGCAGGUGGUGCAGCAGCUGGUAACGAUGAGACAGGUGGUGCAACAGAUGGUGACGAUAAGAAAGGUGGUGGAACAGCUGGUGACGAAGAAGCAGGUGGUGCAGCAGCUGGUGACGAAGAAGCAGGUGGUGCAGCAGCUGGUGACGAUGGGGACAGGUGGUGCAGCAGCUGGUGACGAAGAAGCGGGUGGUUCAGCAGCUGGUGACGAUGAGACAGGUGGAGCAGCAGCUGGUGACGAGACUAGUGAGGAGUCAGAGGAAUUGACACGACCACAGAUGGAUUCAAAGCCAGCUGAGAUCUACAGUGGCCAGGUACAGCGGACGGGGAGCACCGGUCUGCGUCGGUCCUCCAGAGACCUCGCCCUCAGUCGCUACACCCGCUACACCCGCCCAG